GGCAGCCCUUUCAUUUCCCGAAGUGGACGCAUUUUCGCGCAUGCGUCGUACAAAUCAGGUUCAGCGGGUCCGGAUCGGGGACUGAGCAGCGUUUUGGUUGAAUGGUGACGUUGAGGUCUAGACGUCGGUCUGGUUCCUGGUCAACAGACGUGGCCGUGUGAGGAAGAGCAGAGGCAGAAGAGGACAACAUGCGCGAGGCUUGCUUGGAUCCCGGUGUGCUGUGCCUCUUCGACGUGGACGGCACGCUGACGGCCCCGAGACAGUGUGUGACGUCAGAUAUGGACGAGUUCCUUGAGAAGUUGAGAAGUCGCGUUCGAGUCGGAGUGGUCGGUGGAUCUGACCUCCCUAAGGUCAAAGAGCAACUGGGAGAAGAAGUGAUCCAAAAAAUGGACUAUGUGUUUGCUGAGAAUGGUCUUGUGGCCUACAAGAAUGGAGAACUACUGUCGAUCCAGUCCAUCCAGAGCCACAUGGGAGAAGAGCUACUACAAGAUUUCAUCAACUUCUGUCUCAACUACCUUGCCAAGAUCAAAUUGCCCAGGAAGAGGGGGACGUUUAUAGAAUUUCGUAAUGGCAUGCUGAACAUCUCACCUAUUGGACGAAGCUGUACACUGGAGGAGAGGCAAGAGUUCUACAAGUUAGACCAGAAAGAAAACAUCAGGGAGAAAUUCGUGGCGGUGUUAAAAGAAGAAUUCAAAGGAAAAGGGCUCUCUUUUUCUAUUGGAGGUCAGAUUAGUUUUGACGUGUUUCCGGAUGGUUGGGAUAAGAGGUAUUGUCUGGGGAUUGUAGAGAAGGACAACUAUUCCACCAUCCACUUCUUCGGGGACAAGACCAAACCGGGGGGAAACGACUUUGAGAUCUACUCGGACCCUCGGACCAUCGGCCAUGAGGUCUCCAGUCCGGAGGACACCAAGUCGCUCUGCCAGCAGCUGUUCUUCUCCUGAAAGAGGAGAAGCAGUUUUCUUUUCUACAGGAGCACGGGAGCAACGUGAUACGACUAAAGCCAUGUUACACAUAUGCAUAUUUUUCCAGCUGAAUUGAAGACGUGAUUGUCACAUUGUGAUUGUGUUUUAAGGGAAGUGCAGAAAGAAGUGCAGAAAGGAGAGCACAAAGAAAAGCAAAAAGUGCAGAAAGAAGUGCGGAAAGACGAUAUGGAAGGUGCAGAAAGAAGAGCUGAAAGCAGUGCAGAAAGAAAGAGCAGAAGGUGUAGUUGUUGAAGCGCUGAGCAGAUAAGUGGAGAGGGCUGAUGCCUGAUCUGAUGUGUUUUAGACUUCAGACAGAUUGCUGACGUUGGUUUUGACCAGAGUUGAGAAAGCACGUGGGAGAGAUGGUCAUGUCACACCUAGUCCAAUAUGGCUACCUCACCAUACACCAUAUACGUCUUAAUGACAAGGAGGGAAGGCUCAUCUAGACGACAACGCCGUCGCUUCUGAAGAAUGGUCUUACAGAGGAUGUGGAAAGAAAAGACAUUUAUCACAGUAUUACUGGGAAAGGAGGAGUGUUACCCGGUUUUCUGGUUUUUAAGAAGCGUUAAGAUUCAGACUUGUGAAGCAAUGAUGUGAGAUUUUACAGUUGAAUGUUUCCACCUGACAAACGGCCCAUCUUCAUCCCCAUGUUAACUAUCACAUACUGAGUCUUCAUGCAUGCUCGAUAAUCCAGGUAAGAAGAUCCCAGAAGGGCUGAGGAGGUCUCUUAGAUGAGUGAUGAAACGUUUCUGUCGCUAAACAUCGUGUACAGAUGAACUGAUUCAACCUUCUGUGAACAUCAAAAUCCUGAAUUAUUCCCAAUGCCAGGGUUAAGCAAUGAAACAGAACUUUUAAAUUGGAUUUUUGUCUUUUGUUGCCUCUGGACAUGAGGGGAGACAGACUGUGUUCUGUCUGGAUGGGCGUGUGUUUCAGGUGGUGUGGUGCUGUUGGACUGUCUGGAUGGACGUGUGGUUGAGGUGGUGUGGCACUGCUGGACAGUCUGGAUGGACAUGUGGUUGAGGUGGUGUGGCACUGCUGGACAGUCUGGAUGGAUGUGUGGUUCAGGUGGUGUGGUGCUGUUGGACUGUCUGGAUGGACGUGUGGUUGAGGUGGUGUGGCACUGCUGGACUGUCUGGAUGGACGUGGUUCAGGUCAGGUGGUGUGGUGCUGCUGGACUGUCUGGAUGGACGUGGUUCAGGUCAGGUGGUGUGGCGCUGUUGGACUUUGUGCUGCAGCUUCAGUCUUACUUCUGCUAUUGGGGUGACAAUGGAAUGGGUAGGAAAAUCACUGUUUUCUAAUGAAAAUGAAUAAAAUCUGAUAUGUUUUAAUGGGUUUUUUAUUUACACUGAACAUCUAACUGUACCAAUAAAAAAGGUAAUAACUAUUCUGACUAUAACAAAUCUGUUCACAUUUGUGAAAUAAUUUUGUUCUCUACAAAGCAAAAUGGGUUGAAUCUCUGUUUUACAUGGCACAUUAUCUCUAGUUGAUUCUUUUCAGCGAGAAGAUGCGUUUUCGCAGAUUAAUGAGUUCUGAGCGAGUACAGCGGUUUCAGCUUAAAGUAUCUGGCAAGUAGGCAGCAACAUCUGAGAUGACUGCUUUUGGCAAAAGAAACCUUCCAUGUUUUGACUUUUCAAAAUAGGCCUAAUUAAAAGGCUUUGAAUUAUUACUCCAUGGUAACGGAAUACUGGUCCAUUCUUUUCUAAAGUAC